AUGACCACUCCACCUGCUGUACUUACUACAACAAUCACAACUACAGCUCCUGAUACAACAACUGUAACUUCUACCCCUGACAACAACAACUGCUGUUCCUACGACCACUACAGCUCCAGAACCUAUUACGACAUCCACUGCAACUCCUACAACAACAUCUGCUGUUCUAACGACCACAGUGACUGCAGCACCUUCUACAACAAUGACAACUUCAGCUCCUACUACAACCGCAACAAUAGCACCUACUACAAAACCUGCAGUUCCUACAACUGUAGCUCCCAUGACCACUCCACCUGCUCUCCUACUACAACAACUGCUGUUCUAACGACCACAGUGACUGCAGCACCUUCUACAAUAACGACAACUUCAGCUCCUACGACAACCACAACAACAGCACAUCCAACAGCUGUAGCUCCCACGACAACUGCAGCUCUUACAACAGCUUUAGCAUCUACGACAACCACUGCAGCCCUGACAACAACAACUGCUGUUCCUACGACCACUACAGCUCCAGAACCUAUUACGACAACCACUGCAACUCCUACUACAACAUCUGCUGUUCUAACGACCACAGUGACUGCAGCACCUUCUACAACAACGACAACUUCAGCUCCUACGACAACCACAACAAUAGCACCUACUACAAAACCUGCAGUUCCUACAACUGUAGCUCCCACGACCAAUCCACCUGCUGUACUUACUACAACAAUCACAACUACAGCUCCUGAUACAACAACUGUAACUUCUACGUCAACCACAGCAGCUGCAUCUACGACAACCACAGCAGCUCUAACUACAACAAUUGCUGCUCCAACGACCACUACAACUCUAGAAACUAUUACAACAACCACUGCAGCUCCUGCUACAACAAUUACAACUUCAGCUCCUACGACAACCACAGCAACAGAACCUCCAACAACUCUCCAGAACCUCUUACGACAAACACUGCAGUUCCUGCUACAACAACUACAACUUCAGCUCCUACGACAACCACAACAACAGCACCUCCAACAGCUGUAG